UCUUGUAACGUGAAAGGGCAAGAUUAUUACCCCUCUUUUGUGAAAUUCCCUCAUUUUUGCCUCAAAGACAUAGAAUUCAAGUUUUAUAUCCCUCACCAUGAUGGAUGCCACACAGCUUAUAGGUACAGAUGGUCCCAAAGUCAAUGUACAUAAGAAUUGGAAUAUCCCAGGUAAAAUUCAGUGGAAAGCCACCGAAUUUCACUUCAAAGAAAGUCAGGUGGGAAGCAAAUCCUCAACGUCAACUCAUCCUCCAUCGGCCACAACUAUCAACUGUAAAGAGGGAGGACCAAAACAAAAGUUCGCAUUCGUCGAUUUAUCAUCUUCUGGAACAAAAACAGAUGUUAAUGUACGAAAGUUCGUGCGCAAGCAUGUGAGGAAUGAUUUCCUAAGCAAAACGAUUCGGAAAAGUAAAGGGGAUCCGAAACUCCGUUCGAAAUGUAUAAAACCUUUCGUGGAACCCAAGUCAGUCAUAUCUGAUCAUCACCAACAUGAUGGUCUUAUUAUUGAGGAUCUCAUCGGGUUUCCGACUGCACUCAGCUUGUCUCCAUGGCCUAUUGAGAUGACGACAAGAACGCACCGGUUGCUGAGCCGAUAUUUUACGCAUGUUAGUUCGAGAAUGUACCCAUUAUCCAAAUAUCUUUCUUCCAAUCCUCUACGUUCAGAUGAAUGGUUUCGUUUUACAAUCAACGAUGCAGCGAUGUUUCAUGCGAUAUUAUAUGCUGGCGCAAUCUAUCUCUCCUUGCUUCAAGGUGGGAAGGACUCGGAAGAUUCAAUGUACCACCUUGGCAAAACCUUAGAAAUAGUCAAGGAAAAACUUCAGAAUGGGAAACCAGUCGACGAUAGCACUAUUGCUGCUUUGUCGUGUGUAGCUUUGGGGGAAGCAAAUACGGGCCAUUCAGAUCUAUGGCAUAUUCAUAUGCGUGGUAUACAACAAAUGAUAAACACGCGAGGCACGAUGUCGUCUCUUCCUAUGAUUAUACAGACAAAACUUCGUCGGUCUGAUAUCACUGGUGCGAUUGAUUAUGCUGCUGAACCAUAUCUUUACUACAAGCCACGAAAUCAUCCUGAAAUAUCAAUAUCUAAAAUUCUACCGGUGCAUAGAAUCAGCACCAUCAAUGCUUACAUUGAAAUUUCACUCGCUAGAUGCGGUAUUCACUCAAAUCUCAUACGGAUAAUGCAAUAUCUAGCUAUCUUCUACCAGUCCAUACAGUUCGCCUCAUUAAGCAGAAUUCUUCUCGACCCAGGAGAGUUUGUUGAUGAUAUUUACUGGAUUGAGUAUGAAUUGUUAUCGUUUCCCCUGUCUCUAGAAGGAGACCAAGAACCUACUAUCGACAAAGCAACUCGUAUCGGAGCUCUACUAUUCAUGAAGUCGAUACUUGAAGAAUACCCACAUUCCUCUACUGGUCCUUCUAUCCUUUUACAACAAUUACAAGAAUCUCUGUCCACAAUUGAUACCGCUACAACCACAGAACAAACAUGUCAAUGGCUGAUUUGGUUAUUUACUAUUGGCGCUGUUCAUUCAAAGCGGAAUCUUAUCACACGAACUUGGUUUGUGGAGCAAUUGGCGGGGUUGCAUAUGGAGCGCCUGAGAGAUUUACUAGUUGACGGGCAAGUACAUGCAGAGCUACAUGCAGAGAAGUUAGAAGAAGAAGAAGAAGACGAAGGAGAACUUCAAUUGUGGAGAUUAUUGGAGCUGAGACAAGUUAUUGGAGAGAGAGAUCUCUUCCUACUUUGGGAUGAUGUUGCUCGGUGGAGACGAGAAUCUUACGGUUUUGGGGAAGGGAAUUGAAGAUUCCGGGCUUGGUGAUUUCUUGGGGCUGGGCUGGCUACUGACGGAUGGUACGCUACCAAGUUACCUUAGGAUACAUGCAUAUCUGCAAACAUCACCACUACUCAUGUACCUCUGGGGACAAAUCAGACCGACUCAGAUGAUGUCGUAUGACAGGGAAAAUAUGGAGAUAGUUCGGGGAGGUAGCACAUAACACGAAUCAGCCCUGUCCACACUAAGAAGAUUCUAUGGCUUCCAAGAUCCUUCUAGACUAUUACCCAAACGAGUCAAUUAAUAUAAUUCAGAUAUCAAGAGAAACCAAAUCCGCAAGUCUACGUGGCGAAUUUUGAACGAUGGGUCGUUCGUUCGCCUCAAACUUCAAAGUCAAUUUCAGUUCCGCGGUUUGUGGUUUCUGGUGGAGAAAUUUGUAUGUAUGUAGGGACAUAGCUUAUACAUACCCGGGGAUUGCUAUAGGCCAUCCAAUCAUUUCAACUGUAGCGUUACAGCGUCACAAGCAGUUUAGAGUGGGUUGCCGGUAUUGAUUUAUCGGAAGAUGCCUCAAAGACUCCAUAUAUUUUCCAUCGGAGAAACACAAAGAAUUGACCGAUCGUAUGUGCCGUUCUUACCGCGUGGAAGAACUUCUUUUCAAUGAGGGAUUUACUGGGAUAUAAUUUUUUGCAGUGAGAUUUACAUAUGUGGGCUGGGAGCCGAUCGUUCCGAUUUCUUGCUGUGAUUCGUGAGACGGAAGUGAGACGCGUCGAUAGAGAGUGCUUUCCAUGUUGGGUUACGCGACAGGAUUGAAGGAUUUAUUUCGCCGUCAUAUGGAAUGGAGGGUAAUAGUAGAAGGCCCGGUUUUUGGCAGAACCAGUAGGAAAUAUACCUCAGUGGGUACAAAUGUGCGAAGCUGGAAUUAGAUAGAUGGAUAGAUGAAUGUGUGUGUUAGUCAAAUUGGAAAUGGAUUCCAAGAAGAUGGUCUAGAUUUUAGAAUGUCGCGACAAGAAGGGUCGAGGAAUUGCCGGAUGGUACUCUACAUCGUAUAAUUGCUUGGUCGACGCUGUCGAUUGCAAUUCCGCUUGCAAGCAACUCCGUUACCGCUAAAUGAAGGAGUUUCGACAAUCUCUGGGCACAUCCACAAGUAAGGUCUCCUGAGUAGCGAGACUUUGAUGGGAAAAUCCUGUUGAAGCCAACUUCAUGAUGCAAAAGCUAGGCUGCGUCGGCGAUAUUUGCAUCAAUUCCUUAUUUCGGCCCAAGGCUAGAGAAUGUUGAUAAACUGCUCUCACUGCCACUGCGCACUGCCACUGCCACUGGCAUAUCGACCGGUAUUGGCAUACGGUACCGACAGUACAAGUGUUCGAACUCUAUUCUCUAUUCCGGUGAUGCUGCUAGGAUCUCACUCCGAUCACUUCGCACGUAGGCAAUAAGCCAAACUCUGGAUUGAAGAAUGAAGAUCUCAUCAGUGAUAACAUUGGCGUUGGCCUAUUAUUCCGGAAUUGACAGUUGGGUUGAAUGUCGAUUUUUAGACCAUUAUGGUUCUUCUCGUUGAUGACAGCUGGAUUCGAAAUGGACAUGGUAUGGAAGGAACAGCAUUUUGUUGCGAUGAUGUUAGCUCUUUUGACAAGUGCCGUUUCUUCUGGGAUAGCCCGGCUCUAUUUCUUCGUUCUUGGUGGUUGUUAGGUGCUGGUUAUAGUAUUAGGUAUCAAGUAGUAUGUACGGAGAGCAAGAUACUUUGUACUUUCAAUAAAAUUUUCCCUGUACCUAAAGUUUUCUCUCAUCAAGGUCUUCGCUCUGAGAUCUACAACUUCACGGGUGUUGAUGUAUAAUAUGUACGGAGAGGAAUAUACACUGUGCUAGUAGAAAUGCCUUCUCUACCACGAACCUAACAAUUCUCUUUCACCACGUGUACUUGCAUUCGAUUACUUUCAGCUCUCCAGACAUGACUUUGGCCUAAACUAUCGCGUACUAGAUAAGAGAGAGGAAUACAUACUGUACUCGCAAAUUUUAAACCUCCUCCUGCUAGCAUCAUGAGGUUGAGGGAUCGCCAAAGCCAACUCAUAUUCAGCUUUAUCUUUGGACAGGCUGCCCACGAGACUCACCCCGCGCCUUUGAAUUAAGCUUGACGUUGAUCAUCCCAAGCAUUAUUUCAUCUUUUCUAUUUUUAAUCCAUUGUGCGGAAAAUUAAGCUCAUGAGUAUACUUGGCAUCGACUUGGCUUAAAACGGUGUCGAUUUCAUCAUGCAUAUUGAUAUUGUUGUUGACGUCAACAUGAAAUUUCUUCUUUUGGAUACACGUCAGUAGCGUAUUUCUCUCGCUGUUUUAGGAAUUUGACAGCUUAUCCAAAUCCGGGGGAUCGACACAUCGCCUCUGUUUUAGUGUUGAUUUGGUCUUCCUCCUUCUUGGAGUCUUCUCGGAAUACCGUAUAGUAGAGGGAAUCAAUAGUAUUUUGAUCGGUUUGGGUUUUUGAGGCACUAGGUAAUUUGCAGGCAAGAGAAUGACUCACUCAGAGAUGGACUCUUUUUUAGCUCUGCGACUGGGAUUUUAUCGUUCUUGUCCUAUUAGUUUGAGCAUUUUCCUGAUUACCUUGUAGUUGAAUGGUCAAAUUGAUGGGUUAGGUGACUUGUACAGUUGUGGUAAAGAUCGCUUUUUAGAGCCUGCUGGUAGUUAAUAAGCAAGAAAUUUCCGAUGAUAUCUGACAUCUAGACUAGUUUAGUUGCAUUGUCAACUUGGCUCUAGUAGAUCUGGGUUUCACAAGAUUGAUUGGUCAUUCAUUCUUUACUAAAGAGGCAAUGAUGUGGUGUACAUCCGGGGAAGUUAUAUCAUAUACCGGGAUUUAUAGACUAAAGAGUAUUCUAUCAAUGUAGAAACACUUUUAUAUGUGAUGAUUAGGAUUGGGU